AUGAUAACCCCUCCCCCACCCCACCCCACCCCACCCGCGUCCCCCACCACAAAACCAGAAACCCAGAACACCCCCACCCCCCCACCCGCGACCCUCCCUCCCUCCCUCCGCACCCACCCUAUUUCCUUCUCUACACACCCCCACCCUUUUUCACUCACUCAAAUUCACCAGGGCUUAGCCAAAGAUGAUGAAACCCUCUCGCAGUUGCAGACCCCUCCUGCCACCACCGAAAUUCCCAUCCAGUCCUCGAAUGCCCUAAUUCCCAUCACCCUUCACUUACCGCAAUCCACCGCAGCCAUCAAAAUUCAAUCGGCCUACCGGGCCCACCUCAUCCGCACCCACUUCAAAACAAUCGUAGCCGUCCACUCUGAGGCCGAUGAGUUCCAGCGCCUAAUCCAACGGCAAGAAACUGUUGAUUCCGUCAGGACAAGCAAGCGCGAGAAGCUAAGGAUGAACGAGUCCCUGAUGUGGCUGCUGUUGAAGCUGGACUCGGACCUCGCGGUGAGGGAAGCGAGGAGAAAGGUGAGCCGUCGGAUCGUGGACGCAAUCGUAUCAGAAGACGUGGAUGGCUUAUGGGGUGGCAGAGACGGUGGGUUUGGGAGGAACUGGGACGACGUCCUUGCGGAGAUGAAGGAUGAGGCGUGCAGGGACAAAAGAUGGGAAGAGAUGGAGAGGUUUUGCGCUCAGUAUAUGGGGUUUUUCUAG